UCCUCCGCCGCUCGCUUCUCCGGUUCGAUGGCGAUUCGAGCCGCCGUGUCCCGACUAAAACCCGCAUCCUUCCCCUCCUCCUAUACGGAACUGCUUCGAAUCAUCCUCGUUGCGAACUCCUCGCAGCAGCAGAUAACUCGUCUUCCUCUCCUUUAUUCGCCGCGGGCAAGGAUCGGAGAAGGGACGACGGCGGCGCUGGAGUUGAGGCGGAAAUACCACGACGGCCGGCCGAGGGGGCCGCUGUGGAGGGGGAAGAAGAUGAUAGGCAAGGAAGCGCUGUUCGUCAUCCUGGGGCUCAAGAGGUUCAAGGACGACGAGGAGAAGCUGGGCAAGUUCAUCAAGACCCACGUUCUCCGGCUGCUCAAGAUGGACAAGAUCGCCGUCCUUGUCGAGCUCGAGCGCCAGGAGGAGAUCCAUUUGGCGCUUAAGAUGUUUAGGAUUAUACAGGAGGAGGAUUGGUACAAACCAGAUGUAUAUUUGUACAAGGAUUUGAUUGUAGCUCUUGCGAAGUGUAAGAAGAUGGAAGAGGCCAUGCAAAUAUGGGAGAGUAUGCGGAAAGAGGAAUUGUUUCCUGAUUCCCAGACGUAUGCUGAGGUAAUCAGGGGAUUUCUGAGAUACGGAUCACCUGCGGAUGCCAUGAACAUCUAUGAGGACAUGAUGAAGUCUCCAGAGCCUCCAGAAGAAUUGCCUUUCAGGAUACUGUUGAAGGGGCUUCUGCCACACCCGUUGCUUAGGAAUAGAGUGAAACAAGAUUUCGAGGAGCUAUUUCCAGAGCGACACAUUUAUGACCCACCAGAAGAGAUCUUUGGCAUGAGAUGAGGUCAUUUGCAUCAAUUCCAUGGCAAUGUGCCAAUUGAGGCCUUAACCAGUUCAUAUGGUGAAACAAUUUGCAUUUGCAGCAACGGGAGAAAGUUCUGCCAUGCCGCCAUGUAGUUAAACAGCAACAUGAAGUGUCAUUCUGCAGUUGUUUUCCCUUUCUCAUGAUAUCUGUAUUAACCACUGCAGCUGAUCCGCUAGCAAUAGUUGAUCCAUCUGUAUCCAUUUAGACACUUCCAUGUGAGAAUGCAUUGUCAUAAAACUCUGUGACCAA